AUUAUAGGAUGUGGUAUACUCGGAGUUGGAAUCUGGCUUCAUCUGGCUUAUGGAGGGUUUGCCAGCCUUUUACCGUCGUAUCGGGCACUGAGUGCUGACAGUCUGUGCAUAGCUGCAGGUGUUAUCACUUUCUUGGUUGGAUUUCUUGGCUGUUGUGGUUCUUGGUUUGAGAGUAAAUGUCUUUUAAUAACAUAUUUCGUCAUCGUGGUGCUAGUUUUCCUUUUGGAAUUCACGGCAGGAACUUUGGGCUUUGCUUAUAGGAAGCACGUAGGAGAAACUUUACAAGAGGAACUUAAAGCAGGGAUAGUAGACAAAUACACUAAGAACAACCAUAAUGGAUUGAAGAGUAUUUGGGAUGAUAUACAC